GCGCAGCGCCCCAGGGCAGUAGCGUCUCGGGCCGCUACUUCUGGGUGGCCGCCUUCCGCGCCCAGGAGCCUGAGCGCCCCCCACCCCUUUUUCCAGAAGUUCCUACUUCUAGCUUCCCCCACCCCCGACUCAUACUCCCCAGAUCUCCGUUUCCAAGACUCGGACACCCCGGGUCCCCGCCUCCCGGAUCCAGGGAUCCAGGCGUCCCGGAUCUAGGCCUCUCAAAGACCGCCGCGUGGACGCCUCGGGCCGAGCACCCCGCUGCCUAGCUGGACAAAGCGUCUGAAUUCCCAGUUGCGCAACCCCCACUCCACCUCAAGGACUGAGAAACCCAGGAGUUUCCAGCGCUUCCAACUUCCAAGCGCCGAGGCACCCCGGGGGAACUCGUCAUGGUGGCCGAACUUCCCAAGGGGGAGUCCAAGGGGCUCGCGGCGGCGGAACCCACAGCCAACUGCAUCCCGACCAUGGUCCACGUGGAGAAGCCGGGCGCGGCCCCGGGCCGGGUGCGCCGCUGCCUGCGCGCCAACCUGCUGGUGCUGCUGACGGUGGCCGCCGUGCUGGCGGGCGUGGCGCUGGGGCUGGGGAUGUUGGAGUCCAACAGCAAGCUGAGCCCCUCCGCCCUGGCCGCCUUCGCCUUCCCGGGCGAGCUGCUGCUGCGCCUGCUCAAGAUGAUCAUCCUGCCGCUGGUGGUUUGCAGCCUCGUGGCCAGCGCCUCCAGCCUGGACCCGAGCGCGCUGGGGCGCCUGGGCGCCUGGGCGCUGCUCUUCUUCAUGGUCACCACCCUGCUGGCGUCCGCGCUCGGCGUGAGCUUGGCGCUGGUUCUGCAGCCCGGAGUCGCCUUCAACGUUUCGGCGGGGUCCCACGCCUUGGCAACGGAAGAGACCGCCAAAAAGGACAUGCUUAGUUCAUUCCUGGAUCUCCUAAGAAAUGCCUUCCCUUCCAACCUGGUGUCUGCUGCCGCCUCCCCGGCCGCCUCCCCCUCAUACUCAGCCUCCUACAAAGGAUCGAUCAACGGAACUCUGGUGCCCAAGGGGGAUGAGGUGGAAGGCAUGAACAUCCUAGGCCUAGUGGUGUUUGCCAUCGUCUUUGGCGUGGCUCUGCGGAAGCUGGGGCCCCAGGGAGAAAUACUCAUCCAAUUCUUCAACUCCUUCAAUGAAGCCACUAUGGUGCUGGUCUCCUGGAUCAUGUGGUACGCACCCAUCGGCGUCAUGUUCCUCGUGGCCACCAAGAUCGUGGAGAUGAAGGGUGAGAAUAAGCAACAAGUGUCCGAGUUCUUUCAGAGCCUGGGCAAGUACAUCCUGUGCUGCCUGCUGGGCCACGCCAUCCACGGGCUGCUCGUGCUACCACUCAUCUACUUCAUUUUCACGCGAAAAAACCCCUACACCUUCCUGUGGGGCAUCAUGAUGCCCCUGGCCACCGCCUUUGGAACUUCCUCUAGCUCUGCCACACUGCAGCUGAUGAUGAAGUACGUGGAGGAGAAGAAUGGCGUCUCCAAGAAUAUCAGCCGCUUCAUCCUGCCCAUCGGUGCCACCAUCAACAUGGACGGGGCAGCGCUCUUCCAGUGUGUGGCUGCCGUGUUCAUCGCACAACUUAACCAGAAAUCCCUAGACUUUGUGCAGUUUAUCACUAUCCUGGUCACGGCCACAGCAUCCAGUGUGGGGGCCGCGGGCAUCCCAGCCGGAGGAAUCCUUACCCUGACCAUCAUCCUCGAGGCCAUCAACCUGCCUGUUCACUACAUCUCCUUGAUCCUGGCUGUGGACUGGCUAGUGGACCGGUUCUGUACUGUCAUCAACAUGGAAGGUGAUGCCUUUGGGGCCGGCCUCCUUCAGAGUUACAUGGACCGUUCAGAGAUUCGGAGCUCAGUGCCGGAGCUGAUCCAGGUCAAGAGCGAGCUGCCCCUGUCCCCGCUGCCGGCACCCACGGAGGAGGGGAACCCCCUGCUCAAACACUGCCCGGGGCCUGGCGGGGGUGCUGAUCCCUGUGAGAAGGAAUCGGUCAUGUGAUCACCAGGUACGGUGAACACUGGGACCUGGGGAUAUCUGGGAAGUCUCGCUACUGGGGUUUAAUAUGUGUGUGUGUCCUCAGACCUCCCAGAUUCCACUGCUGUCCCAACCAAGGCUAUAAGAAGCAGGCAAGCUAGAGAUAUAGCAUUCUCCACACCCACCUUUUGAGGACCCCAUCCCAUGAGUCUGCCGGGCCACCCUAUCUUAAGGCUGUGGGGGCACCGGGCACAAGCCUGCUGUCUUUAUGAAUAAGGGAACUCAGGUCAUUUUUUUGCUGGUGACUUUGGUGGCUGUCAAGUAUGUUGUGUGUUUGUGUGGCCUGUGACCCUCUCCAUUAAACAUCCCUCUGCUCACCCUCCCAGGCCCUUUGUGACACUCCCCCACCACCCUCCACACACACACACACACACAGUAAAACACUCCUGAGAACCCUUGGGAGAAAUCGCUAUCACCCCAGAGCACAUUUUUGAAGCAAUAAAACCUCCCAGUGUGUCAAA